UAUUUCUUCUGCGCAGCGCCGUGUGCCCAUGCGAAGCUUCCGACUGGCCCGUCUGGCCGAGGGCUUUCAACGUGCCAUGGCUAGGUGGCCAAUGGGAACCACCAUGGCCAACACCACGGUCCUUUGGGUCGUAUCUGACUCUCUUUCUCAAUCCAUUGCGCCAGAGCAGAUGGACCUGGGUCACGAUUGGGCGAGGACAGGGCGGAUGGUGAGCUAUGGCGUUUUCUUCUAUGCUGGGCUUGCCUUGAAAUGGUAUGAUUUGUUGGAGAGGAAAUUUCCGAUGACGUCGAUCCGCAUGGUUUCUUGCAAGGUGGCCGCAGACCAACUGAUUUUCACUCCCAUCACAGCAUCGUCCCUGUUCUUCUUGACAACGCUUCUGGAAGGGAAAAGCGUCCAAACUGCCCGCGAAAAGGUGGAGGAACGCUUGCUGCCAACCCUAAAGAUGAACUGGUGCAUCUGGCCAUUUAUUCAAGCAGUAAACCUUAGUGUAGUGCCACCACCCUGGCGCAUUCUGGUCAUCAAUGCUGCAUGCAUCCCAUGGCUGGCCUUCGUUUCAUGGAUGGCCAAUAAACGCACAGAACAUGGUACCGCAGCGACCGGUUCCAUCACCUGGCCUGAGCCGAGCUGGACAAAGCUGUCUACUGGCAGAAUCCAAGAGGCAGUUGUAUAGAUGUGCAGAUCAAAGGAUUCCUAGGUAAUGGCCUUGACCACAAAAAGAUGUAGGUGAUUUUUAAAAUCCAAGUCCUGUAAUUGUCCUUGCAUGAAGAACCUGGUGUUUGUUCUUCAUGCCAUCGAAUUUUUGUGCCUGUACAGCAAGCAUGCAUUUGCUGGAAAUGGCUGAAAGCUGUCAAUUUGACAACGAGAUAUGCAGCGAUGGCUGUUCAGCUACUAGUCAGAAUGCCCAGAACUCCAAACAAACUGAGAUUCUG